AUCACGGGAUGCAUAACCAUCGUACCGGAGAUACGGAGUUAGUUGUCACUACGUACUCCGUAUCUGCCAGCUCGUCAACAACACAACCACUCCAGCCAACAUGACGGACCUCACCCCAACCCUGGGCCAGCUGCUGCAGGGCAAGUCGGCCGGUCCGAAGCUGUCGGAGGGCUACAUCACGACGGAGAUUGCGGAUGAAUUCUUGAAAGAGGCCUACCGAAUUAACACCCACAUAACAUCCCUCCUGCAAUACCUCCAAACCAUCCGCCCCGCCUACCUCUCGCUCACCAAACCCUCCCGCACCACCACCGCCAACAGCAGUAACAACAACAACAACAACAGCAGCGCCUCACCCACCUCCCCCUCGCCCUCCACCACAUCCCUCCACCCCGCCUUCCCCCUCCCCAGCCUAACCUCCACCCCCAACAGCGCCAAAACCCCCGACCUCCCAGACACCACGAAAGACCAAAUCACCACCUCAACCUCCAGCCUCCUCACCUCCCUGAGCAGCAGCAUCAACACGCUCUCCUCCGCCGAGACGCUCCGGCAGGAGACCGCGGCGCAGGUCCUGAACAAGCGGUUCCGGGUGGGGCUGUUGGCGCUGUGGGCGGGCGGGAAUGCGCUUACCUCUUCUACAUCCGAUGGGGGACGGGAUGGGGGACACGGCGAGGAGGCAGGGAAGUCGGAAGAAGAGCAAGCGGAGAGACGGAAAGAGAAUACCACGAAGUGUGUGCGGGAAAGCGUGCUUUGGUUUCUGAGGGCGAGGUUGGAGGCCGUGGUGGUUUUUCAGAGGGAGAUGGUGGAGCGGAGAGUCGAGAGGGUGAGGGAGAGGGAGAGGAGUGUGCUUUAUCUUUCGGAGGGGGGGAAGGGGUCGAAUGUUGGGAGGGCGGGGCAAGACAUGGGCAUGGGCAUGGGCAUGGGCAUGGGGAAGUUUGGCAGUGGGAUGGGAGUUGAGGAGGACUAUAAUAAGUAUCAGGCUGCGGCGCGGAUCGACGCGGACGAGGUCCAGGCCAUUGAGAAGCAGCUUACGCCGCAGCAGUUGCAGCUGUUCGCGGAGGAGAAUGAUUCCAUGGUCAAGUAUUUCGAGGAUGUCGUGGGGAAGGUGCAAAACGCCGAAAAAUCCCUCCUGGAGAUCUCCUCCCUGCAGCAAACCCUGGUCUCGCACCUCGCGACCCAGGAGGAGUACAUCGGCCAGCUGGUGACGGACGCCGGCAAUACGAGCGAGAACAUCGGGGAUGGGAACAAGGAGCUCAAGCGGGCCAGUGAGCGGAGGAGUGCCGCGCAGGCGGUGUUCUGGGGCACGGUGGGACUGUGUACGUGGCUGGUGGUGUGGGAUUUGGUUUUUUAGAUGCGCGAUAUGAUAAGUAUAUGAUAGGUUGUUUGCUACUGGGUGGAGGUGUCUAUCACUG